AUGGAAAUUUCAGAUUGGUCGGAGCUUCUACCUGAUUUGUUGAUCAUGAUAGCCAGACGGAUACAACUGAUGGAAGAUUUUAUGGCUUUCAGAGGCGUCUGUACCUCUUGGCGAGCUGCUGCAAGUGUUGAUAAUUUUGUCAAGUCAUGGCCUACAGUUCCAUUGGUCAUGCUAGCAGAAAAGAAAGACACUGAUUAUCGCGAAUUCUACAGUCUAUCUAGGGGCAAGAUUUGGAGAAGAAUGCCACUACCCGAAGCAAAAGGCAAAAAAUGCAUCGAGUCAAGAGGAUGGCUGAUCACAAUAUCAAGUUCAGGAGAUAUGAGCUUGUUGCAUCCCUUUUCGCGGGCUCAAAUUGAACUCCCAAAUCAAUCAACAUUCCCUGAACAUGAUAUUAAUCCUGAUCCUUUCUUUAAUGUAACGAGUGCUGUUUUAUCAGCCAGUCCAUCAGAGACAUCAGAUUUUGUUGUGGUUAUAGUUGGAGGUGGUGGUCGUUUUCUCUUGUUAUGGAGGCCUGGAGACAUGUCCUGGACAAGAAUAGAAUCAGCACAGUAUGGUGCCUUCAAUGAUGUUUAUUUCUACAAAGGAAAAAUUUAUGCCAUCACAUAUGGAGGACAUAUUUGGGUAUGGGAUAUGUUAGAUCCUCCAGAAGCUCAAUAUUGUUUUACGAUAAAUAGGGAAUUGAUCGACUUUCGACGGUCACGUCUAGUGGAAUCAGCAGGUAAGUUAUUUGUAGUUGCAAGGGACGGGGCUGAAUAUGAUGACGAUGAGCAAACUUACGGUGUUAUGAAUUUUCGAGUUGUGCAGCUAGAUUUGAUCAAGAGGGAAUGGAAAGAGAUUGAUAAUUUGGGAGAUAUGGCUAUUUUUGUCGGGCAUAAUGGCGGAUUCUCGCUUGAUGCCACUAGAUUUCCGAGUAUAAUCAAGCCGAAUUGUAUCUACUUCACUGAUGAUGCGAUAGAAGCCUAUACUUGCACUGAAGAAGGGGGUGGAAAGGACAUGGGUGUCUACAAUCUUGAAGAUGGACAUAUUGAACGAUUUGAUGAUAUCCAAUCUUUUAGCUUGAUCAGCCCACCAGUAUGGGUAGCACCAUCUUUUUGA